AUGAAUCACGCAGAAAAUCGCUGCUAUGCCGGCGGCGCCGACGGCGCGAUCUACAUCGUCGAUCUGAGCGUCCCUUUGGAAUCCAGCGUGCUGGCAGGGAAGGAAGGCGUGUCGUCGAUCUCUGGCCAUUCCGGCGCGAUCACCGCGUGCUGCAUCACAGGAGAUGACUCGAAGGUUCUGACGGGAGGCCAGGAUGGGCGCGUUUUGGUGUGGGAUGCGGAGACGAUGCAGGUGCUGCGAGAGUACAAAGGAAGCAAUGCGUCGUCGAAGAUGAAUUUGGGAGGGAAGGAGGAUGGAUCGGACAAAUCGAUUGUGUUUCUGUGUGCCAUUCCGUACCCCACGCUUUUGUUCGACAACGAAAACACGCUCUAUCCAGUGCGUGCUUUGAAGAAAUACCGCAUUUCGAAGAUCGACGACUUCGAGCCGGUUUUGUGCUUGAAUCCCAUCCAAUCUGCGGAGGAGUCGAGUCGUUUUGUGGGCGUCGCGCAGAGCGCAGAGGGAAACAAGGCCUUCUCGGUCGUCGAGACGACGUCGAAGAAAGAGAGCGCGGAGGAAGCGCUGCGGAAAGAGAACGCGCGACUGAAGGAGCUGGGAGAACAGUGGAAAUCGAUCGCGGAGAGAGCGUUCCAGCAAUUGAUCACGAGCCAAAGCAAAGAAUAA